AUGAACAAGUCGUCACCUAGAUGUGACACAUUGCUUGGUGUGAACAAGUCUUCGCCACGAAGAGAACAUCUUUCAGCUGUAAAGAAAAGUUCCCCUCGCCGAGAUGUUACGCCUCCUAUUCGAUCGUCUCCUAGAAGGGAACCAGCUUCAGUUACUAGAAAAAUGUCACCAAAAAAAGACCAGGCAAUCGCCUCCUGUAGGUCAUCACCAAGGGCAGAGUCUAAAGUACAAAAGGUGUCUGAGGGAAGAUUAUCAAGGUUUGAUGUCCACUUAUCGCCAAAAUCAGAGACAGUAACAGCUUCAACAUCAUUUCAGUCAUCCACAUUGAGUUCAGCAAAGACUGUUUUACCAAGCACACCUACAUCUGUGACGCCUUCUCCAUGCAGUUCCACCUGUAGCUCACCUGAGAGGUCAAGUCCCAAAGGUCCAAAGCCCAUUUCCAGGGUGGCAUUGGCACUAACUAUGUCGGAGAAAUCAAAGAAAUCCUCAACAUCGACUAACAAGGGAGCUAACAAAUCUACUAAACGUGGAAAAUUCAAUGUCGGAUCAGAGGUCUUAGCCAGGUGGAGUGAUGGUCUGUUCUACCUCGGAAAUGUACUGAAAGUUGAAGAUAAAGAAGGCAAAUGUUUUGUGCAAUUCGAAGACAAGUCUGAAUUUUGGGUGUUAUUCAAAGAUCUUCAAAAAGGAGCUAAGGAAGGAGAGAUCAACUGCUGUGUGUGUCAGAGCGAUGUGUCUGAUGCCCCUAAUGAAAUAGUGCUAUGUGACAACUGUGGUAUUGGAUACCACCAGGAAUGUCAUAAUCCUACCAUUGAUGAUGAAUAUGUGAUCGAGGAGGAGGUGGAGUGGUGCUGUCGCCUCUGUAUAUUUGCUGCUGCAGUCAAGAAAGGGGGUGCCUUAAAGAUUGGAGCUGAUGCAACUGCCUUGCAGAAAAUGAAACGGGCGUUUCCUUAUGAUCUGAACAAAUUGACCUGGGAUGCCCAAAGAAAAACCAACGUGGAGCAGUGUUACUGUUACUGUGGUGGUCCAGGAGACUGGUACUUAAAGAUGCUACAGUGCUGUAGAUGUAAGCAGUGGUUCCAUGAAGCCUGUAUUCAGUGUCUAGAACAUCCGUUGUUGAAUGGGGAUCGGUUUUAUCUGUUUGUCUGCUCACACUGUAACUCUGGGCCAGAGUACAUGAAGCGACUUGAUCUCAAAUGGGUUGACAUUGCACACUUGGUUCUAUUUAACCUCACGCUCAGUGGCAUAAAAAAAUUCUACGACUUUGAUGCAGUCAUGGCCUUCACCAAUACCAACUGGAACAAACUACAGCUCAGCAGCAAGAUGGCUGAAACACCUGAAGAAGAAAGGCGGAAAAAACUGUAUGAUGUAUUGAAAGGUCAUAAAACAAGGUUCACAUCCAACCGGGAAGUGAGGAAGAAACACACAGUCUGGGGCCUAAAGAUGAGGGCUCCACCCCCUGGUCCCACAAUUAUACUCCCAGUGGAUGGACAAAUCAACGAAGAGGUUAUGAACUCCCUGCAGGCCAAAGGUCACAAAACCAAAUGCUUUAUUCCAAUUCAGUGUUCGCUAAGCCAGAAGACGGCUCUAGUGCUACCAAGUAAUUCCCCUGUGCCUCUACGGUAUAAGAAGAACAGUCAUAUGAUGGAUGAGUCUAUUGCAUUUAAGUCUGACAAAGCCAGGAAAAAACUACUUCAAACACUGGAGAAUGGUGAUGAGGAUGCUUUCAGCCUCAAUCAGAACUAUGGUGGCUACAAUGGAUGUCUACCAAUCAAAGAAGAACCAGACAGUCUUGUGUCCAAGAAUUCCUCUUCACCCACAAAAGGUAAAUCCAAAAAGAAGAAAUCCAACACCUUGGAAAAUAUCAUACCGGUGCCUACAGACUUUGAAAGUUUCAAUCAUCCUUUUAAAACGGAAGUAGAACAGAAACAGGAGUUUGCCAAACAUCAGAGGAAGAUGCAGAUUAUCAACUAUCUCUAUCAGACCUAUGACAGUGACACGGCCUCCCAGAGUUCUUUGUGCUCAGGACUAUCAGGUGAUGACCCAACUAAAGGCAUUCCUACACCCCCUCCCUCAGUCACCUCCUCCCAGUCCACUGAAACAGUGACAUCAUGCUCGAGUGAACCACGCCGGCAACGUAGAGGAAGAAAACGCAAGGACUGCGACGAUGAGCAGGAAGAAACUGUAGCACCACGACGUAGUAAACGGGUUCGUGUUAGUAUAUCUGGACGUUACGAUGAGAUGCAGAAUGUGAUUGACACUCAAAUGAUUGAAAGUGUGAAAUGUCAUGUUGUUAGUAUGGACCGCAUCAAAUCUAAUAUAAAUAGUUACUUUGGGGCAACUGAUCGCCUGAAGAAAGGAGAGAAGUAUGAUGUGUUGGCUAAACGUGUGAACUCAGAAGGAAAAGUACAAUAUCUGAUUGCAUGGGACGGCAUAGUAGCAUAGAUGUAUUAUUA